AUGUCGAAUUUCAGAAGGGGAAACCGAAGCAAGGACAUAUCCAUUCUGCCUCAGACGGUGGAUAGGCAGGUAGACGUGGCUGUCGAAGAGAUUCGAGUAGAAGUCGAAGAUUGCGUUCUGCAGUAUCCUUCGAUGUGCAGUAAUUGGUCCGUCGAAGUUGAUGAAGCUCCGGCAGGCUUUGCAGACGCUCGUCCCGGCCUCGGCGGCUUCUCCAUAACUGCUUCUGUUCUCUCUUUCAGAUGUUCCUUCAUGGAUCUUUGCAUAGCUUCGCAGAUUCGGACGUUUGCUGAUGAUUGCUUGUAG